UUGCUACAUCUAAAGAUGGUAUAACAUUGGUUGGUCUAUUCGAUGGUCAUGGAGGUAAUAGAGAUAGUAAAUCAUCAUCAUCAUCAAAACAGGAAGAGCUUAGCCAUUAUAUGGCAAGUGUAGUCCCUGAUGUUUUCUAUAAGACUAUCGCUCUUCUUUUACCAGACAAGAUAGAUAUAUCAACUCUCCUUAAUCCAUCAUCCACCACCACUACCAAACACCUUGAUAACCUAUAUCCUAAUGGACUACCACCACCACCAUAUCAUGGUCAAGAUGAUGAUGAACAUCCUCCUUUACCAGCAGUUAUCGAUGCUCUUACUC